ACUCGCCGGCUUCAGAGCUCGGGCGACGGCGCUGGCGCGGGGCUCCGGAGGCUCCAGCGGCUCCAGCUGCGCCAGCGGCUCCUGAGGCGCCAGCGGCCGCGAUGCGCGGGCGGCCACGCCGGGGGCGCGGGAGGCGCGCGACGUGACGCCCGGACCCGGAGCCGGAGCCCGGCCGCGAGUGGAGGGUCUGCGGGGCGGGAGCGGAGCAUGCGGGGCGCGGCGCGGGCGGCCGGGGGGCGCGCGGGGCGGCCGAGGCCAGGGCCCCAGUCCUCGUCCCCGUCCCCGCCGCCCCCGUCCCCGCCGGCCCUGCCGCCGCCGGCCCUGCUGCUCCUGGCCGCGCUCCUGGCCGCGCUCCUGGGCGGCGCGGGCGCGCAGUACUCGAGCGACCUGUGCAGCUGGACCGGGAGCGGGCUGACCCACGAGGCGCACCGGAAGGAGGUGGAGCAGGUGUACCUGCGCUGCUCUGCGGGCGCCGUGGAGUGGAUGUACCCAACGGGCGCCCUCAGCGUCAACCUGCGCCCCAACGUCGUCUCGCCCUCCCGCCCCCUGACCCUGUGCGUCAAGCUCCUCGGGGACUCCUCGGGGGCCAAUAUUUAUCUGGAGAAGACGGGAGCGCUGCAGCUGCUCUUCCGGGACGGGGACCGCGGGCCCGGCCAGGUGCGCUGCGUCGGCUUCGAGCAGGGCGGCCUGUUCGUGGAGGCCACGCCCCAGCAGGACAUCCGCCGGCGGACCGCGGGCUUCCAGUACGAGCUGAGCAGCCGGCACGCCGGCUCGGACCUGCACGCUCCGUCAGCUCCCUGCCGGCCCUGCAGCGACACCGAGGUGCUCCUGGCAGUCUGCACCAGUGACUUUGUGGUCCGAGGAGCCAUCCAGGACGUCACCCACGCCCCUGAGCGGCAGGAGUCGGCCAUCCACCUGCGCGUGAGCCACGUCUACCGGCAGAAGGGCCGGGUGUUCCGCGCGGCGCCCGGCGGCGGCUGGCGGGGCCGCGUGGCCACACUGCUGGCCUGCGGCGUGCGGCCUGGGCGCGGCGAGUUCCUCUUCACCGGGCACCUGCGCUUCGGGGAGGCCCAGCUGGGCUGCGCCCCACGCCUGGAGGACUUCCGGCGGGUGUACCGGGACGCGGAGGCGCAGGGCCUGAACCCCUGCGAGAUGCCCGUGGACUGACCGCGGGGUGGCCGCAGGGGACCCAGCGAUCGGGGUGGACGCCGGGCGACCGUGUGUGGAGUUCCGGCCAAGGAGACCCCAACCGAUCGGUUGGAAAUGCUGUAAAGUGCAAACUAAGUUAUUAUAUUUUUUUAAAAAAAAACACAAUGUGUUCGUGGGAGACGCUCCGUGCCUCUGUGCGCCGCUGCCUGUGGUUUUCCAGAGAUGCCAGCUCACUGCGUUUGACUGGUGUCUGGGGGCCGGGCGCAGGCGAACCCAGCACCAGGCUUUGUGCAGAGCUUGCCUACUGUUCACCGUGUUCCUUUCCACGCAGAUCUCUGGAGCCAAA